UUUAAAAUAAUAAUGGAAGGAAAACUUAAUACCAUCCGUUUAAUAUUCCCAAAGUCAACUCCAGAGGAGGCAAUCAAUGCACUUAAGGCCAACUCAUGGAACCUUGACCAAACAAUAGAUUAUUUAUUGACUACCACCGCAGUCAAUGAGAUUGAGAUGAAGGAGUCAUCAGCUGAGCUGGUCGAGCAACCAACUAUCACAACCACAACAAACACCAACACCGCCAAAGAUGAGGAGAAUGAGAGAAUACUCAAGGAGUUCUUGGUGCUGGAGAAGCAACUGGUCGAGAAAACUAAUCAACAGAUCGUUCCACAGCCUCAGAGUGUUGAGCCGGUUCCAAUGCCUGUCGAGGUGAUUGAGUUGCCCAAACCAUUGACUGCCCAGAAGAUUGAAGCUGCCGAGAUCACACCAGAGCCACAACGUGACCUCAACCUCCUCAAGCGUAUCGCCAACUCACUCAAGGCACUCGAGUUUGAGAUCAUCAAGAAGAGAACAUAUGAACCAGAGGAAGACCUGCCAGCUCCAAAGAUUGAGGAGGUGCCAGUGCCAGUACCAGUGCCAGUCAUCAAAGUCGAGGAAGUUGUCGAGAAAGUUGUAGUCGAGGAGGUGAUUGAGGAGAAGGACCCCAACAACAACAACAAUGAGGUGGAUGAGGAAGAGGAGACACUCAGCAAGAAGUUGUCACAUGACUUGGAACACACGAUCGAGCAGUUGGAGUCCAUGUUGAGCAACUCGUACGAAAAGUCUGAGAAGGUGCUCAAGACGAUAUUGGAGGAGAUCGAGAGCUGGAACAUCAAGGACAAUGUCAAGUCGCUGACCACAAGCAUCAAGAAUGAGUUGUCUGCCAUCCUGGACUCGCUCUCAUCGCUCAUUGCACCGGCCAAUCCAACAAUCAACGAGCAGCGUGACGACCUCGAGAGGAAGCUGCAAGAGCUCAAGGCUCACAAUGCCAGAUUGAUCGAGGAGAGAAAGAUUGCCAUCGAGAAGAUUCAACGCUAUGAGCACUCCAAGCAACUGGCCCAAGAGCAUGUA